GGCCUAUAUUGCACAUCUUAAGAAAAUUUUUUUGAUGGAGCGGUUCGGAUUUUGGAGCUCUGCGUCUCGAAACCUGCGAGACCUGACCCAACGUUUUGUCCAGCUGGAAGCAGUAGCCAAACAAAAAGCUGCCCGCAAGCCACAAAAUAGGGUAGGGCGGACGGAAUUGAACACGCCCGCUUAUUACGGCAUGCUUGUCACUGGUGGUGCCUCUCCGCGCGCCGAGCCUCGCCCCGCGAUUGUCGAUCUUUUCUGUCCGCGUCGGCAGGGAAUCGGCUGUUUGCGCCUCUCCGGCUCUUUGCCGGGUUCUCCAGCUAUUUGUUUCCGACUUCAGUGCGCCGCCCAUCGAUUCGUGCCUGUUUUCUGCGCCCAGCCCUUUGUAUUUUUCCUCUCUCUCUUCAUUUCUCUCACUUCUGCGUGGUUCCCCAAUGGAAAGCCGUCCAUCAAGAGUUGGACCCCACUUGCGGUGCAAUUGGGAUACAGAGCUCCAGAAAUAGAAUCAGUCCGUCCAUGCGACUCCCGUGUCACACUGUGCGUGCGUCCCUCUGCUGCUUUUGUGUGUGCAACCACAUUUCAUCUUCACAGACGUCAACGAGCAAAUGAGGCAUUCGAGAGACGCGGGGGGCACCAGACUUUGGUGCCUAGUUGCCCUUUGCUUUCCUACCUGCAGGGUAAGGCGCACGUCGGCCAACGCUCUCCUCUUAAGCGUUCGUGUUGGGAAUCUUAUUUCGUGCGGCUUUCGAGGCUUGCCGCAUGGAGAUUUACUCAUGUGCUGGAAAAGGCAGCAUCGGACCACGAGGUUGUAGGUCAAUCUUUAGGGAGUGUGAACGGAAUCUGUCAGCGCAGAAGGCAGUCUUUUUUCUUUUCCUUCUUCUAAUGCCUGCCUCGACUCGCGUCGCCAUCUUUCUGCCUCUUCCGUACGCCAUCAAGAUUCAAGGACGGACGCCCUGAGAUUUAGGAACACUCUGUUCUUGCGGUGUUGCAGCGCAAUCCGCGGGAUGGAUGGAUGGAUGGAUGGAUGGAU